AUGGGUCUCAAUUCGGCGAUAAAAUGGUGGAACAAUGAAGCUGAAAAUAAAGAAAAAGGCUGGGACAUAACUGGAAGAUUGGGUAGUGCUGCUUCGACAGUAAAAAGCUAUUCCAUCUCGGCAGCAACGUCCGUCGGAAGUACAGCUUCUGAAACUGUGGCAUCCACAUCAUCUGCAAUUAAAAAUUCCACUGUCUCUGCUGCAUCGUCAAUCGGUCACUCUGCCAAAGAUUUCUCGAUUUCCGCAGCGACAUCGAUUGGAAAUGGAGCAAAGUCAGCCGUCGCUUCCACAUCAUCUGUCAUCAAAGAAUCCACCGUGUCAGCUGCCUGUUCGAUCGGAGAUUCUGCAAAAUCUUCAUUCAUUUCCACGUCAACGACCGUCGCAAAAGGGGAUUGGGUUCGGCGAGUAGUGGAGUGUGGAAUUGGUGGAAUGGAGAGAAAGAAAAAGAGCCUAAAAGAAUUAGAUGGAUUUUCAGAGCCCAAUUCGUGGCGAAACGACUCGGAUUCAAUGGAAAAAGACAACGAGAACACCAGCGGAUGGGGUUAUUUGGGUUCGGCAGCCUCAACUGUGAGAGACUACUCCGUGUCCGCCGCCUCCACAAUCGGAUCGACCGCGAAUAGCGCCUGGAAUUCCGAUGCCGUUCAAUCCACAUCAAAAGUUAUCAAAGAAUCUACAGUUUCGGUUGCUUCUUCAAUCGGAAACUCAGCAAAAUCUGCAUGGAAUUCUGAUAUUGUUGCGUCAACAUCAUCGACAGUUUCCAGUGGAUUGAGUUCGGCGGCGAGCGGUGUCAAAACUUGGUGGUAUAAGGAAGAUCAGAAAAAUGAAGAGACAGAACAUUCCAGAGACUCAUUACGUGGUGGGAUUGCAGCGAUGAGCAAAAACGCGAGCAAAUAUGUGAUUCAAACAUCGGGAAGAGCAUCGAAUAUUCUGAAUAUCUUCGACAAAACUAACAGAUCAUCGUUAGGAAAUCCGAGAUGGUGGAUUCGAUUCGAUCGACCACACGGAAAUGUCAAUUAUCCACAUAUUAAUAUCAACAAAGCUGUAACUGGUAUUAAAGACCCCCACAUUCAAAUCUCUCCGACCACCGCCAAAACUGUCGGAUAUUUCGGAAAAGUGGCUGAGAAGGCCAAUGAUUACGCACCGAUUCUGACGACGGCAGCAGUGAUUUAUGAAUCGUAUCAAAUCGGAAAAGAAGUCAAAAAAGAUUAUGAAUACGGAACAACGAGAAAUACGAUCAAGAGGGUAGCAACUACUACGGCCACUUAUACGAGUGGAUCGAUUGGAGCGUGUGCAGGUGCCACAAUCGGAUCGUCUAUCUUUCCCGGAAUCGGAACAAUUUUCGGUGGAAUUGUGGGUGGAGUUCUCGGCGGAUACUAUGGAGGACACUAUAGCCACGUGGCUUCUGAAAAGGCUCUCAAUCACAUCGAAUGGGACGUCGCCGUGUUGGAAUGUAAUGGUUGUCGGGAAGAAUAUACGUGGAAGAAAUAUCAAGAGAUACAAGGAGUUUGUUGUUCUCCCUUCAAUAGCAAGCGACAGGGAUCCGUCCACUUCUGGUACGACAAACUACACAGCAACCACGAUUUCUAA